AUGUGUAUGAUCCACAAGUCCAAGCCUCAGUCUCAUAACAAGAACGAUGACAACACCAAGACUAAAGCCAGGGCCAAGGUCGAACAGAAAACUCGUUCUUAUAGCCUGAGACCUAGUUCGAAAUCACCCACCAAGAUAUUCUUGAAAUUCAAAUUACCUUCGCCUCCCCCACUUAUUCCGCCAUCAAAUCUCAAGAUCAGAUUCAAGGUGCCCCCCCUUGCACCCCGGAAUUCCAGCUUCCAACCAAUGUCCGAAUGA